AAGUCUAAAGAACAAGAGGAUGAUGCACCUGAUGGUAAAAGCAGUUCUAAGGAUGAGCCAGUGCAGAAAAAGGAUGGAUCAGGAAGGAAGAGAAAGAAGCCUUUGGAGGAGUCAGGGCCACCUGAGAAGAAGAACCCUACUACAAGUGAUUACAGUUCCCAGGAUUUCUCCAGUGAUGCUAAAUGCCCCAUGGGGAGAAAGUGGAACCUGAAGAUGGCCUGCUGGAAUAUCUCUGGAAUCAGAGCCUGGCAGAAGAAGGGAGGCAUGGAGUAUUUGAAACAGGAAGAACCUGAUAUUCUUUGUCUACAGGAGGUGAAAUGUUCUGAUGCCAAGAUCCCUCCUGAGCUCAAGAACAUCCAGGGGUAUCAUUCCUUUUGGAAUGGAGGAUUGACAGAAGGCUAUGCAGGCGUAGGGUUGUACACAAAGGAGAAGCCCAUUUCCAUUAGUUAUGGAAUGGGUAAGCCAAAGUUUGAUCAGGAUGGCCGUAUCAUCACCGCCGAAUAUGACAACUUCUACCUCAUCAACGUGUAUGUACCCAAUGCAGGCCGGAAGCUGGUGAACCUUGACAAGAGGAUGGAAUGGGACAAGGAGUUCAAGGCCUAUCUCAAGGAUCUGGAGAAAAAGAAACCUAUCAUUCUUGCUGGGGACCUCAAUGUCUCUCAUAAAGAAAUUGAUCUGGCCAACCCCAAGACAAAUCGCCGUAAUGCAGGAUUUACAGAUGAGGAAAGAGAAGGAUUCACAAAUCUCUUGAAGGAGGGCUUUGUGGACACAUUUCGUCACCUCCACGCUGAUGUCACUGGUGCCUAUACUUUCUGGACCUUCAUGGGAAAUGCCCGGGCUAGGAACGUGGGAUGGCGUUUGGACUACUUUGUCAUCUCAGAAUCCCUUGUGUCUCACCUUUGUGAGAAUCUCAUUAGGAACCAAGUAUAUGGAAGUGACCAUUGCCCCAUCGUCCUCCUCAUGCACUUUUGA